UUGGCUGCGCACGGCGUUGUUGUUUCGGGUUGUGCUAACGUGACAGUAGCUUAUGCGGUUAAGUUCCAUGUAACAGCGAGUUGUUUUUAUGCGAGGUACUUGACAGAAAGUGAUUGAUGAUGGCACUUUGGUUUACUGAUUUGCGACAGUAGGUUUUCUGCUGACAAGCACUUGUCCGAAGGCCUGUAAAAUGAACUGGAGUCGUACUUUUUCCACCACCUUCUGGAUUGUUUACUAGGCACGUCUGUUAACUAACAUAAAGUCGUUUGCAGUUUGAGUUGUUUGUUGAACCUUCUUUGAGUAAAUUCCCCAUUUGGUUUUCUGAAUGGUUCUACUUGUCUGUGUACUUAAAUGGAGUGUACAGCAACUUUCUCUGAUUUAGUUCUCCCAUUUGUAUAAGCGUACGCUUUCUUACUUGGAAGUGUGUGACUGAAGUGAGGAGGAGUGAGUGGGAAUCAUACCUUUCAGCUGUCACACAUCAUGAGGUUGAGACCUGUAUUCAUUGGAGGCGCAAGAAGGAAAGCUUCAUGAAGUUUAAGGCAGUGCAUAUGACAGAAUGACAGAAUGGAGUGUGCAACCAUGUACUGUCUUCCUGAUAGUAUUCUCUAUCAAAUAUUCUUGAACUUAAGUUAUGAGGAGGUGCUUGUGGUGUCACAGGUGUGUCGUCGGUGGUAUGCAGUGUCACGUGACGAAUUUCUCUGGAAAGAACUUUUCUACCAGUACUACAGAAUAGACAGAUGUAUACCAAGGCAUCCAGCUGCAGUGUCUUGGUAUGAAGAAUUUAAAAGGCUCUACGAUACAAUCCCUUGUGUUGAAGUGCAAACCUUGAAGGACCACCAGGAUCAAGUGCUGCACCUCAGCUUCUCACACACAGGAUACCUUUUUGCGUCUUGCUCCAAGGACUGUACAGUUAAGAUCUGGAACAAUGACUUGGUUAUCUCACUGCUGCACAGCUGCAAUAUGAAGCCUUACAGCUGGCGCUACACCCAGUUCUCCCAGUUUAACUCUGAUGAUACACUCCUCCUCGUGUCUGGAGUGUUUGGGCUUCAGAGCUCCUCGGGCGAGAUUGCUGUUAUAAGUCUAGAUGAUUUUUCACUGCUGUCACGGGUAAGGAAUAAACCUUAUGAUGUGUUUGGCUGCUGGCUGGAUGACACCCAUCUGAUAUCUGGCAAUUUGCACUGGAUUGGAAGCAUGACUUCUUGCUCUGUACUGUGGCUGAAUCGAGCCUUCCAGGAUAUUGAAUCAGAAGAUGUUAAUGUGGUAAAACGCCUGUUUAAACUUCAGAAUCUUAAUGCCAGCACCAUUAGGACAGUGAUGGUAGCAGACUGCAACCAGCACAACAACCCACAUCUUCUUCUGGACUAUGAAUCACAGCUAGCCUCUUCUGCAUCUACUUGUCGUAUCUUUGACCUUGGCAGUGACAGUGAGGAUGAAGACUUGAGAAUGUGUAAAGAAAUUACAGAAUUUGCUCGGGAAGAUGUAGCAGAUGAUGUGAAGCCAUUGGAAUGGAAGACUAAUGAAGAGAUGGAAAUGGAGAAUGAGCCACAACAGCUUUUGAAUGGUUUUCUCGAUGACAGUCUGCAGCCUGCUAUGACUGAACCACAGCUAGAAGCAACGACAGCUAAAUUGUUAGUUAAAAGCUGGUCUAAAGUGGAUUCAGACGAAAUUCCUACCUCUGAGAUUGUAGAAGGACAGAAGUACUUAAUUUUCACCACAGGAUGCCUUACAUAUUCCCCACAUCAGAUAGGUAUCAAGAGGAUUUUGCCUCAUCAGAUGACAACCUUAGGGCCAGUGCUUGGGGAGGAAAGGACAUCUACUGAAUUUUUUGAUCGUUUGGAUCAUACAAUUGAUGUUCAUGGACACAUCAUUGGAAUGGGUCUGUCUCCUGAUCACAGAUACUUGUAUGUGAAUAGUCGAGCUUGGCCCAAGAACUGUCUCAUAACAGAUCCCCUGCAUCCUCCUCCUAUUGCUGAAGAAAUUGACCUUCAUGUGUUUGAUCUGAAAACAAUGUGUGAGGUGAAAAGGACUCUUCGUGCUCACAAAGCAUAUACACCUAACGAUGAGUGCUUCUUCAUCUUCCUUGAUGUUAGCAGGGAUUUUGUCGCCAGUGGUGCUGAAGAUCGCCAUGGUUACAUCUGGGACCGCCACUACAACAUAUGCUUGGCCAAGCUGCAGCAUGGUGAUGUGGUGAACUCUGUUUGUUUUAGUCCUGUUGACCAGGAGUUACUGCUAACUGCUAGUGAUGACCGCACUAUCAAAGUCUGGAGGUCACCGCGAGUUCUCAGGAUAAUGCACUCCAAGAGACCACCCAAACCUAGGAAACUGAUGUUUUCCUGGUAUCUGAACCAAAACAGUUAAAUCUUCUGUUACAGUUUUAUCCCAGGACUGUCUUUUACUUAUGACAUUUUUACUUUGCUCACUUCUUCACGGUGUGUUUCAAAAAUGCAUGAAACCACAGCAAAUUAUAGAUUUUUGUCAGCAGAAAAAUACAACGAAAGCAGCAGCUUGACUUCAUUGUAGUUCUCAUUAUUUGGACUGUGCAACAUGUUAGGAUAGUUGGAAUAUCCCGUGUGCACUAAUGUAACGGAAAUGCAUUAGACAAUUGGAUGGGUGAGAAGUAUAUAUAAAGCUAGGUUUAAUAAACAUGUCCAUUAACAGAUGACCAGGACUUGGUCUUCCUGGAAAUGCGCAGGUCCACAAGAGAGAGAGUGGCAGACAUGCAUGAACACUACCAACUAUUUUUCUCUUAUGCAGUACAGUUCACUGGUAAUGUAUUUUUGCCAUUGGAAACAAUAACCUCCUGAAUGUAGGCAAUCGUUUGAUUUAAUUUUGUGUUACUGUAGCAUUUGGCAUUGAGUCUGGUGGACUGUACUUUUUCACAAUGGAUAAAAGUGUGAGUCAUACUGAAAGCAAAGUACAUGAUCUGUCCUAUUUCCAAAUAACAAAAUAAUGUAAUUUACUCUUGAGGCAUUUACUUCUAGAUGUAUAUAUUUUCUCAUUCUUUUUCCAUCCGAGUUACUAAGAAAAUGUCCACUACGUAUCACAAGAAAGAUUUUGCACUCAGAUCACUCUUCAAGAUUUUAGCAUUUGAAGAAGCUGCAUAGCUGCGCUUCAUUAAUCCUUUGACCUAUCUCUUGGUAUAGACAGCUUAAUUCUAAAUGGCAGGUUUCGUGGGUCUGGAAUUGAAUUUAUUGAUUGGUUUAUAGGUUCUCCUGUACAGGUCUCAACUUAAUUUCUCUGUAUAGAAUCUAUAGCUUCUGUUGUUGGAAUAAAAAUUUCCUUGUACAGUGA